CGGAGCCGCUAUCGCAGAGUGGACCCUGGCUGGGAGGGAAUCGCUGGGAGACCUCAGCCAGCUGCAGCCUCGCACCCUCAGCCCCGUGCCCGCCGCCGCCCGUCCCCAGAGAACCAUGGCGUCUGGGAGCACUGCCGCAAGCGAGGAGGAGCGCAGCCUCCGGGAAUGUGAGCUCUAUGUCCAGAAGCACAACAUUCAGGCCCUGCUCAAGGAUUCUAUUGUGCAGCUGUGCACUGCGAGACCUGAGAGACCCAUGGCAUUCCUCAGGGAAUACUUCGAGAGGCUGGAGAAGGAGGAGGCGAAACAGAUUCAGAAUCUGCAGAAAGCAAGCGCCCGUGCAGACUCAAGGGAGGAUGAAAUCUCUCCUCCUCCACCUAACCCAGUGGUUAAGGGCCGCAGGCGACGAGGUGCUAUCAGUGCUGAAGUCUACACGGAGGAGGAUGCCGCGUCUUACGUUAGAAAGGUUAUACCAAAAGAUUAUAAGACGAUGGCUGCUUUAGCCAAAGCCAUUGAAAAGAAUGUGCUGUUUUCGCAUCUUGAUGAUAAUGAGAGGAGUGAUAUUUUUGAUGCCAUGUUCCCAGUUUCCUUUAUUGCUGGAGAGACUGUCAUUCAGCAAGGUGAUGAAGGGGAUAACUUCUAUGUGAUUGAUCAAGGAGAGAUGGAUGUCUAUGUCAACAAUGAAUGGGCAACUAGUGUUGGGGAAGGAGGAAGCUUUGGAGAACUUGCUUUGAUUUAUGGAACACCUAGAGCAGCCACUGUCAAAGCAAAGACAAAUGUGAAAUUGUGGGGUAUCGACCGAGACAGCUAUAGAAGAAUCCUUAUGGGAAGCACACUGAGAAAGCGGAAGAUGUAUGAGGAGUUUCUUAGUAAAGUGUCCAUUUUGGAAUCUCUGGACAAGUGGGAACGUCUCACGGUAGCUGAUGCGUUGGAACCGGUCCAGUUUGAAGAUGGGCAGAAGAUUGUGGUGCAGGGAGAACCAGGAGAUGAGUUCUUCAUUAUUUUAGAGGGUUCCGCUGCUGUGCUACAGCGUCGGUCAGAAAAUGAAGAGUUUGUUGAAGUGGGAAGAUUGGGGCCUUCUGAUUAUUUUGGUGAAAUUGCACUACUGAUGAAUCGUCCUCGUGCUGCCACGGUGGUCGCUCGUGGCCCUUUGAAGUGUGUUAAGCUGGACCGACCUAGAUUUGAACGUGUUCUUGGCCCGUGCUCAGAUAUCCUCAAACGAAACAUCCAGCAGUACAACAGUUUCGUGUCACUGUCUGUCUAAAGUCUGCCUCCUGUACCUCCCUUUUCUCCUCUCCCCAAUCCGUGCUUCACUCACGCAGACUGCUUUAUUUUCUCUAUUUGCAGCGCCACGUGGCCACUGGCAUCGCAGCUUCUUGUCUGUGUUUAUAUUAAAAGUUGCUUUUAUUGCACCGUUUUUAGUUUGGAGCAUUAACUAAAUGCUCAUACACGGUUAAAUAAAUAGAAAGAGUUCUCUGGAGACUUUGCUGUUACUGCUUCUCUUUGUGCAGUGUUAGUGUUCAGCCUGGGCCGUGCGUGCCAUGCUUUUUGGUGAGGGCAGAUCCCUGCACCAAACGAAUUACCAUAGAGUAAUGAUGUAACAGUGCAAGAUUUUUCUUAAGUGACAUAAUUUUUCAGUUAUCAUAAGCAUAUUUUAGACUGUGGCCAUAUGUGCUGUAUUUCUUUGUAGAAUAAAUGAUUUCUCAUUAAGCUCUAAGGAUUAGAAAAAAUGGAUAUAGCAAAAUCUUAGUAUAGUAGAAAGACAUCUGCCUGUAUUUAAACUAGUUAAAGGGUGGAAAAAUGCCCAUUUUUGCUAAUUAUCAGAUGGAUGUGAUCUGUUCAGUUUUUUUUUCUUUUUAACCAGAAUUUUUGUUUGUCAAGCUGAUUUGCCUGGUUUUGUUUAUAUCACAUUGUUGAUGUUUCCCCUCCAGUUCUGAAAUUGUUUAGGUAUGGUUGUCUACACCUGCCUUUUGAGUUUGAAACCAAAUCAUAGGCUGCAAAUAUUGGGUUAUGAUUGAACUACAUCUGCCUCAGCUCACAGAUUCUGAUUAGACCUUUAUUUAUCCAGCUAGUGCCAAAUAUUGAUCAUAGAUGCUGAAUUGAGAAUGAGAAUUUGAGGUCUACACUCUUGGUUGUUAACUUAGAGCUUUUGGUUAAUGUAUAUCCUUCAGUUGACUCUGGGAUAAUCUCUUGUGCUCAUUGAAUACUGAUGCAGGAGAUUGGAUGUGCUGGGGAUAGAUAGAAUAGAUGGAACAAAUGUCAUAAUGGAAAAAUGGAGGUGAUCUUGCUAGAGGGAGAAAUGCCAGGUGGACAAAGUUCAGUGUUGGGAACUUUGUCCCACUAAAUUCAUUAGGGCAUGAGAUUUGAGAAGUUUUUUUUAGUUUGGUUUCACUUUUUUCCCUCCUUUUUACAUCAGCUAGAAUUUCUGGUGGGUUGGAGGUAGGGUAGGGUGUGUCUGUGUUGUUUCAAAUUGGUCUAAAAGGCCAUCCUGCUGAAAAGUUCUGCUUUCCUAUCUAGCAGUUAUUUCUCUGGCAUACUUUUUUGUUUUUUUAAAGUAAACUUGUGUUUUGAGUCUUAACUGUAUUUCAGUAUUUUCCAGCCUUAUCAACCUUAUGUGUUACAUUUUUCCAUGUGCACCAAUGAUACCCCACAGGUUAUUUUUACUAUUAUUUUUUUAAACAAAAUUUCACAGUUCCAUAAUGUGGGCACUUUUAUUUUCAUUGUGAUUUAUAUAUAUAAAUGUAGGGUUAUAUUUGGGAGUGACUGCAAGCAUUUUUCCAUCUGUGUGCAACUGGCUCUGAUUAUUAAUCCCCUCUCCUACCCUUUCCCAGGCAAUUGAAUUGGUCAUGGUAGGUUUUCUUUUCAUAGAUAUGAACAGUUUUUAGGUUGUUACUAAGUUUGAAGUAUAAAUCUGGGAAAGAGGUUUUAUUUACAUUUUAGUGUGGGAUAAAAAGCCACCUUAUUACAAAUUUUUUAUUUUUCAAAAUCUGUAUUAGAUGAGGAUUUUCUGCUCUGUAUUUUAUGUUUAGCUGCCUUUUUAUAUUUAAAAAAUUAAAAAUAAAAAUUAUGUUCUUAUUAGCUUAAA